UUGGCUCGUAUAAAUACAGCAGACUUUGAUUUGUGUGGUGAAAGAAAAGAACUAAGAAGCUGAAAAACAAGAGAGAGAAAAAGAAUAGCACACUCAACCAUAGUUAUCUAGAACCAAAUCAUGUCUCACAUAGCCGUCGAGAGGAACAGGAGAAGACAGAUGAAUGAACAUCUCAAAGUUUUAAGAUCUUUGACCCCAUGUUUCUAUAUCAAAAGGGGAGAUCAAGCAUCUAUAAUAGGGGGUGUUAUAGAAUUCAUCAAGGAGCUACACCAAGUUCUUCAAGCUUUGGAGUCCCAGAAAAGAAGAAAGAGUUUGAGCCCUAGCCCUGGCCCGAGCCCACGAACACUUCAGCCAAUGUUUCAUCAACUUGAUAGCCCCUCCAUGAUUGGGACCAAUUCUUUCAAGGAACUAGGAGCAAGCUGCAACUCUCCUGUUGCGGAUGUUGAAGUGAAAAUCUCGGGUUCAUAUGUGAUCUUGAAAGUCAUUUGCCACAGAAUUCCAGGUCAAGUUGCAAAGAUCAUAACUGUUUUGGAGAGUCUUUCGUUUGAAGUUCUUCAUCUGAAUAUCAGCAGCAUGGAGGAGACUGUCCUUUACCAAUUUGUUGUCAAGAUAGAGCUGGGAUGCCAACUAAGUCUGGAGGAACUAGCAAUGGAAGUGCAACAAAGCUUCUGCUUAGAUGCUAUAAUUGCGCUGUGAAGAUGUAGUAUUUCUAAAGAGACCCAAUUUCGAAUCGUUUGUUAAUAAAAGAAUGGCAUGUGAUAGACAUGCAUAAAAACUAUUUCUUCAGUAAUUACUUGCUACAAACUAGGCUUAUUAUAUCAUUACUGUUGUCAUAAACUUGAUGACAAGGAAAAUAUGCUGUUGCUUAAUAUUUGGUAAAACACAUGCAUUAUCUUUGCCCAUAAAGAUGGUUCUAAACGCUCUCAUUAAUUCAUGGAGGCCAACAGAAGGUAAGUUGAUUAUGUUA